AUGUCUGCUAAACCCUCUAUCCUUCACCUUGGUGACACAUGUCGCUGGCAUGCAGAUCUGUACAAGAAGCUUGAGACAAAUUUCACCAUCAUUCGUCCAUCAGCGGAAGAACGCGAAAGAUCCGCCUUUCUUUCAGCUCUCAAGGAAAAGCGAUGGGGUAACUUUGUAGCCAUCAUGCGACCCUUCUGGAACACUGGAGGAGAAAUGGGAAGAAUUGACAGAGAGUUGAUUUCUUUGCUUCCAGAUAGUGUCAAGGUACGCAAACCAUAUUCACGAGAUGUAGGAAUCAUUUACUGCAAUGGCGCAGCAGCAUCUUCAGACUCAGUAGCCGACUCCGCUCUCUUCCUCAUCAUCUCCACCUUCCGCAACCUUGCUUGGUCACAAAUGGCCGCUCGAUCAGGAAACCCAGAUGCCCUCUUCGAUGCCCACAAAAACUCCCNNCCAACCACAGCUAUAAACCCUUCUGGCAGGAUCCUCGGUAUCGUAGGCUUGGGCAACAUCGGCUACAGAAUUGCUCAAAAAGCUUACUUGGGCUUGAAUAUGAAAAUCGCCUACCACGAUCUUUUCCGCAAAUCUAAAGCUGUGGAGGAAGCAGUGGGAGCGACCUUUNACGAAACUUUAGAUGAGAUGUUGGCAGCUGCCGAUUGCAUCAUUGUCGCAACUCCCUUCUCAGGAAAACAGCUUUUCACAGCUGAAAAGUUCAAGAAGUUCAAGCGUGGCAGUCGACUCAUCAAUAUCGCUCGUGGACCUUUGGUCAACGAAGCUGAUCUGGUGGAAGCCCUCAAGUCGGGCCAGUUGAGUGCUUGUGGAUUGGAUGUGUUUGAAAAUGAACCGCAUGUCAAUAAGGAGUUAUGUGGGCUCAAGCAGGCAACUUUGACUGCACAUACGGCGGGAGGAACUAUCGACACACAUAUUGGCUUCGAAGAGUUGUGUUAUAAGAAUGUGUUGGGGACGCUUUUGGAGGGUAAGGCUAUCAGUCCGGUCAAUUUGCACUUGAUCAAGGCAGGCAAGAGCAAGCUGUAG